GCCCUGAGCGCACCAGGUGCCGAGGAGGCAGGAGGAACGAGCAGGGAAGGGCAGGGGCCCCAGGAAAGCCUUCUGCCCCAACAGCUGACCCCAAGCCCCUGAGUGGCCCUGGGCAGAUGGCUGUCCCUCUCUGAACCUCAGUCCCCUCCUGUGCACAAUGGAGCUGCCAGUGGCCCCCACGGAAAGCACGUGGCUCACACCAAGGGCAGGUCUCAGUCCCUGUCCCCGGGCACUUGUGGGGCAGCAGGAGCCGACGUCUCAGGGCUGCACCCUUUCAGCCCAUUUGAUCCCACACUGACCUGCGAGUCAGGGACUUUCCAUUAUCCUCCCAUUUUGCAGUGGGGAAACUGAGGCACAGAUUGGUUAGGUCACUGGCCCCAGCUCACACCCUAGAAUGGGCCCGGAAUUCAGUCCCAGGCAGCCCGGCCCUGAAUCAGGGCUCCGACCACUAGGCCCCACCGUCUCCCAUGUCUGAGCACCGACGUCCCUUCUCUGGGCCUCAGCCUCCCCAACCGUGGAGCGGGCUUCCCAGGGCUCAGCUCUGCAGUCUGCUCAAAGGGUUAGGGACGUCGUGUUGGGACCUGGGAGGAGAGUUUAAAACCAGGACUCUGGUGAUCUCAGUCCCCGUGGGCGGAAGGAGAUGGGGCCCCGCCCUUUCUCUGCUGUGAGGCUCCCAUUGCCCAAGGCCUCUGGGAGCAGGGACUGGGCAGGGCAGGGAUCCAGGCCCUGGUGGGCCAGAGACCGCGGGGUGAGCGCCCAGGGGCCUGUGUGCCCUCCCCCUUCCGCCCGGCCUUGUCGUGGGCUCCCCCGCCCCACCUCACCUGGACCAACCACACCGCAUCCGGUGGCAGCCCUGCCAGAGGAGGAAGCAGAGUCUGAGGUCCCUGUCAGCUGCCAGGGGAGUCCCGCCAGGGUGUGAAGCAAGGCCUUUCCUGCUGCUCCGCCCCAGCAUAUAAAGGCGGCCUAGCCAGCCGCGAGAUCCUAGACGUCCCUGUGCACCCCGCCCGCCAUGUCCAGCCCCUGUGCCCUGCUCACUUGGACCCUUCUCACCCUCCUGGGACUCGGGGCGACUCGAGAAGACUUCACCCCAUGCGGCCCCAUCGUGCCCCGGAGAGAGUGGGGGGCCCUGCCAUCCAGGUGCGAACAGCGCCUGGACCUGCCCGUGCGCUACGUGGUGGUGUCACACACGGCGGCCAUCCCCUGUGACACGCCGACUUCGUGCAUGAGGCAGGUCCAGAACGUGCAGCAUUACCACGUGCGGACGCGGGGCUGGUGCGACGUGGCCUACAACUUCCUGAUCGGAGAAGACGGGCUUGUGUAUGAGGGCCGGGGCUGGGACACUCAGGGCGCCCACUCAGGUCCCACCUGGAACCCCAAGUCCAUCGGCAUCAGCUUCAUGGGUAACUACAUGGAUCGGGCGCCCCCGCAACGAGCCCUCAGGGCAGCCCAGAGUCUGCUGGCUUGUGGCGUGGCUCGGGGCACCCUGAGGACCAACUAUGAGGUCAAAGGACACCGGGACGUGCGGGACACAGACUCUCCAGGUGACCGGCUCUAUGAUAUCAUCCGGACUUGGCCACACUACCGAUACUGAGGCCCUGCCUGCCCACUCCAGUCAGAAACCCCCUGCCUCCCCCUCCAAUAAAGAUGCACUCACUGUGA